GUUACGUCGAAAAGAGUGACGUAUGGAAUGGCAAGAUGCGGUGUGAAGCGGUGUAGCGGAGGAACAUUUGUUCGGGAAUCGGCUACAUCGACUCCAUUGCUAAGCGUAAUCACGAACCAGUCUGGCUGAAAGGGAUAUAAGACUACGACUGCACAGCUUUGCGUUGUCAGACUGUAGAGGAUAUCGUUCGUGGUCAAACUAGAAGGAAAGAAAGCCUUCGCAUCGGUGCUCCUCAGUGGUGCGUGCUGAAAGACCGAAAAUUGCCACUUCGAUAACAGUUACUUCGGAUACAUCGCGUUUACAGUGUCCUAGUACGACUCCUUUUGCCCACCCUAUAACCAACGACAUCCAACUGUUGCUUCUAUUUUUUUCGACGUACUUUUCUCGAACAACGGCUGUUUCGUGAUUUUUUCAUUGUUUUAAACUGCAACUAUUGGUAACGGGUCUUGCGUACAGGACACUCUUCAGCUAUUAAGACGACACGGAGAAAAACUAGUCACAGGUAGCUACACCGUGGUUCGUCUAUCGACAAGGUUCGAGGUUGAUAACCUCGCAUCACGAAACCAAGCAUCUUCAUCGUUGUUCGACCGUACCUUUCUGCAACAGAUUUGUCCAUUUACUAGCAAUCAACAAAGACAAUGUCGACCAUCGUAGAUUGGUACAAAGACGUUAUAAACAAUAAAUGUCAUCCAUACACGCAGGAUUGGUUUCUCGUGUCAGGACCAGGUCCUCUGGCUGUAAUUCUCGUUACCUAUGUGUAUUUUUGCCUAUCCGCUGGACCAAGGUACAUGAAGGACAAGAAGCCAUACGAAUUGAGGAAAACCAUGAUCGUGUACAACUUCGUUCAAGUGCUAUUUAGUAUAUAUCUCUUUUAUGAAGGAUUGAUGGCUGGAUGGCUGUAUGACUAUAAUUACUUUUGUCAGCCUGUUGACUAUUCGGACAAUCCAAAAUCUAUCAGGAUGGCUAAAAUUGUGCACUUUUACUUCAUAUGCAAAUUGACAGAGCUUUUGGACACGGUGUUCUUUGUUCUUCGGAAGAAGAGUCGUCAGAUCUCAACUCUUCACGUGUAUCAUCACACUCUAAUGCCGGUUUGCGCUUGGAUCGGAGUCAAGUUCCUGCCGAAUGGCCAUGGAACGUUCUUGGGCCUCGUCAACGCUUUCAUUCACAUAAUCAUGUACAUGUACUACAUGCUAUCCUCGAUAGGGUCACACAUGAACAAAUAUCUCUGGUGGAAAAGGUAUAUAACGAUGCUCCAGUUGAUUCAAUUUGGCAUGAUUUUUAUCCACACCAUUCAACUAUUCUUCAACGGAUGCAAUUAUCCGAGGCCUAUUGCGUUCCUGCUCUUGCUGAACGCGACGAUCUUCAUCUAUAUGUUCGGGUCGUUCUACGUCGAAAAUUACCGUAAAAGACAACGAACACAGACAAAGGAUGAGCAAAUAAAUAUGGCGGCGAAGAAAGUGGAGUGAAUUAAUAUCGUCGACGUGGUUCUCUUUUCGUUUGUUGUACAACUUCGUUACAAAGGAACAUUUCACCUUCGUUAGGUACAUAGAAGCGUACUAGCGUAGAACGGUUAAUUUAGUGUUUCAAAUAUUUAUUGCUGAUCGAUUGAUUUCGUAUAUUCAAAAACCAGAGACGAUCUUCAUCUCAUCGAUGACGAUCUCACUUCUUUCCUUUAUAUCUUUUUGUUCAAAAAUUUAUUUUAUGAUCGAACAUUGAUCACACGUAAUAUAUAUUUAUGUAUGAAAUUUAUAUAUAUAUACAUAAUAUAUUUACAUAUUUUACAUACAUAUAUAUUAUAUAUAUAUAUAUAUAUAUAUAUAUAUAUAUAUAUAUAUAUUAGGCGCAAAUGUAAUUCUAAGUUGUCAUACCUUUAGGUUGUUGCGUCUUAAAUUAUCAAUUAUUUUUAAAAUCUUUCUAUUUAAUUAUAGUAGAGUUUGUAAGAAAUAUGUAGGAGUUCCUUUCUUUUCUUCUUUUUAUUAAAUUCGAUAUAUUGUUUCUUGCCUAAAAGUGGAGCAGAUGCAUAAUAUGUAUUCUAGGUAUGAAGAGAACAUAUGUAGUCAUACCAAAGAUAGAUAAAUCUCGCUCCAGCCAGAGAAGUAAGUAGAUUGUGAUUCAAGAUACCAGACAUCACGAUUUUAAAAAUCAAGUAUCUCCAGCUUGUGCCUUAUCAUGAAAGGAAAGUACUGCAUUGAAAAAAUACGAAAUCAGUUUCAUAUCGUAACGUUCGGUCGAUAACGUUGAUAAUGAAGGAAACAUGAUCAAAGGGUUUAUCAAUCAAUUCGGCUCUUUGAUGAGCUCAUCGAAUUACACUGUUCGUCGAUAAGAUAGACCAAUAAUAUGCCUUUAUCGAAUUUUCCUUCGAAUGGAAGUAUUAAUGUACUUUAUUGUAUUGAAAAUUGAUUGUAUGGGAAAUAAUUGGUACUUUUUCUAAUCACUGUUUCCAUAACAAUUUGGUAACUAUUUGGCACAACAACUUUUUAUACGAAUGUACAUACCUACUUAUAGGUGAAAAUAGAAUUUAGAACAGAAGCAAAGGUCACUUUAUUUUGUUUAUACCAGUGCAAAUAAGUUAUAAAAACGUCCAGCGUUAGAAAUAAAGUGAAUUAUUUUAAAUUACGUAUAACGUUGUACAUCUUUUCAACGUUUAAAAAUUUGUCUAUUUAGAUUUAAUUUCUUUAAUGGAAUGUGUUUAUAAUAGAGUAUAAAAAUGAAGAUCAAUAGAAUUAGAAAACAAAUAAUGAUUACGUAAGUUCACAAAAAUUUAUUAACAAUGACAAUACUUAUCUGUAGAAUAAUUUUGUGGAAAAAUUAUCGAUACUUUUCAAAGCAAAAUUAAUUUAAUCACAUCAUCUAGUUGUAAAUAUAUAAAUAUGGAAAUACAUGCCCAAUAAAGUAAUUACAUUUUUAGAUA